AUGUUGAAUUUUAGGAUGUGGGGGGAUAAUAUGCGCGAGCUCGGUGACCCCAUGGAUAGUGAGUUGAAUGCAGUGAAGCCGGUGGUCGAAGAAGAUAGCGUGGAUGAUGCCAGGAGAUUAAUUAAGGGAAAGGGCUUCCAGAAGUCCUCUACCGAACAUAUGUUGAUUUCACCCGGUAGGGAUGGUUCAGUGCCAUUGAAUGGGUUGAAGUCGUCACCCGCAGACCCACACUUGUCGGACGUUAAUUCUAUUUUGGACAAUCAUCGUGGUGGUGACGAGACAGCUUUGACGUCUGUAAAUAAUAUUAUUAUGGCCACUUCAGCAAAUGGGGACAGUGAUGGUGUUAAUGGAGAUAUUAAGAGGCCGUCUAUCUCUAACUGUUCGUCGAGGUCGUCAUUUUUUGACACUGUAUUGAGCACGUUUUCUUUAAAAUCAAAUUCACAGGACACGGUUACUAAUGAAGUCAAAAAUAUUGAGGUCCAGUUUGCAUCCGAGGAGGCUAAUAAAAAAUUUCGUCAAAUGUUCAAACCCUUAGCCACUAAUACAAAGCUUAUUGCGGACUAUUUCUGCUAUUUUCACAGAGAAUUCCCCUAUCAGGGCAGAAUUUAUCUUUCCAACACACAUUUAUGUUUUAAUUCUACUGUUUUGAACUGGAUGGCAAAGUUACAAAUUCCCCUAAAUGAGAUUAAAUAUCUAGAUAAGGUGACCACAAAUUCAAGUGCCAUUUCGGUGGAAACUUUGACUAACAAGUAUACCUUUUCCGGGUUCAUAGCGAGAGACGAGGUUUUUCAAUUGAUUACAAGAGUUUGGUCCAAGGAAAACUUAACCAACAUCAAUGACGUUUUGGAGGUCGAUGAGAGGAUCUCUAAGACAAAGGGCAUAUCGUCGACUCCUUCUUCCAUAUUCAAUAACGUUUCGACCAAUGCAUAUAACGAUUUCAUAUCGACAACUACUACCGAGCCAACAAGCAGAGCAUCCUAUAUGAGCGAGAACGACAUGCUCAUUGAAGAAGCCAUAAGAUCCGUGGACGAUUACAUGGGCACGCCAAAAGGAUCGCCAUCUUCUUCCUCUCCGUCAUCAUCGUCAUCAUCGUCAUCAUCGUCAUUGGGUUCUUCAACAACUUAUUAUUGUAGGCCCGUAUAUAGAUUAAAGCCAAACGCGCCAUUCCAAUACGAUGGGCCAUUCCAUGAAGAAGAAACAAUGGACUUCCCUUAUAAACCUGAGGCAAACAAUGAAUAUGUACUACUGGAACGUCAAUUUAACGUCCCACCAGGCCUACUUUUCAUUAUGAUGUUCAAUGAGGAUAAUCCAGCUUUUGAAUUAAGCUUUUUAAAGACUCAGGACUCGUCGAACAUUUCACACAUUGGGACUUUCGAAAAAGUCAAUAAGGAUGGACAACAUUACAGAGAAUUUCAAUACACCAAACAGCUGCAUUUUCCCGUGGGGCCCAAAUCCACGAACUGUCAGGUAGCAGAAAUUCUUCUACAUUGCGACUGGGAGAGGUACAUAAAUGUUUUGAGUAUAACAAGAACACCGAAUGUUCCGAGUGGUACCAGUUUCAGCACCAGGACGAGAUACAUGUUUCGAUGGGAUGACCAGGGGCAAGGAUGCAUAUUAAAGAUAAGUUUUUGGGUAGACUGGAAUGCAUCCAGUUGGAUUAAGCCAAUGGUAGAGAGCAACUGUAAAAACGGACAAAUUAGCGCCACUAAGGAUUUAGUAAAAUUGGUCGAAGAAUUCGUUGAGAAAUAUGUAGAACUGAGUAAAGAAAAAGCAGAUACACUCAAGCCGUUGCCGAGUGUCACGUCUUUUGGAUCACCAAGAAAAGUGGCCGCACCGGAGUUGACGUUAGUACAGCCAGAAUCGAAGCCUGAAGCUGCGGUGGAAGUCUCGGAAAUAGGCAGUGACAGAUGGAGGUUUAACUGGGUAAACAUAGUUAUUAUGGUGCUCUUGAUACUAAACCUACUGUAUUUGAUGAAGUUGAACAAGAAGAUGGAUAAGCUGACGAACCUCAUGACGCAUAAGGACGAAGUUGUGGCACACGCCACUCUAUUGGAUAUACCAGCCAAAGUGCAAUGGUCAAGACCAAGAAGGGGAGAUGUGUUGUAA